UGAAAUUGUAUUGAUUGGAGUAAUUAUUAAGGAUGGGAAAAGGGCAAUGGGCGAUAGCAGUGCAAGGAGGAGCAGGAGACAUUCCGAUUGAUCUUCCAAAACAUAUAAAAGAAGGUCGUGAAUCUGCUCUUCGUCAUUGUCUUCAUAUUGGUUCUUCUGCUCUCAAUCAUUCCCAUUCUUCUCUACACGUCGUUGAACUUGUGGUACGUGAACUGGAAAACAAUCCACUGUUUAAUGCUGGGAGGGGGUCUGUCUUAACUACUGAGGGAACUAUAGAAAUGGAAGCCAGUAUAAUGGAUGGUAAGACCAAGAAAUGUGGUUCUGUUUGCGGUCUUAAAACUGUUGUCAAUCCGAUUUCUCUGGCGCGUUUGGUUAUGGAGAAGACUCCUCAUGUGUAUCUUGGAUUCGAAGGAGCCGAGGCAUUUGCUAGGGAACAACAGGGCGUUGCAACUCUGGAACCGUGUGAUUUCAUCACACCGGCAAAUGUUGAAAGGCUAAAACAAUUCAAAGAAUCGAUUAGGGUUCAGCUAGACAACGCUCAUCCAAUCCAAAACGAAGUGAAAGUGGAAGCACGCAAUGCUGAUGGUGAUAGCCAAUUAGGCACAGUUGGGUGUGUUGCUAUUGAUCUUGACGGUCACUUGGCUGCCGCAACCUCAACAGGGGGUGUUAUCAACAAAUGGGUAGGAAGGAUUGGAGACACCCCAAUUAUUGGUUCAGGCACAUACAGCAACACCUAUUGUGCUGUCUCUGCUACCGGAAGUGGGGAAGACAUCAUACGUGGUACUGUUGCACGAGAUGUGGCUGCACUUAUGGAAUACAAAGGUCUUUCUUUGAAAGAAGCUGCUUCGUCUGUCGUUAAAAAUGGUGCACCGGAAUGCAAGUUUGGGCUCGUUGCUGUAUCGGCCACAGGAGAGAUUGCUAUGCCUUUCGGUACUACUGGGAUGUUUCGCGCAUGUGCAACUCAAGAUGGUUACUCUGAGGUUGCCAUACAUUGAACUAGGUGCAAGAUAUAGGGUUGGUUACUGUUGGAUGGAGGGGCUUUCUUUGAUUCUAAAUAUAUACCUUGGCUUCCUUCUAAUUGAGUAAUAUGAAUGUCAAAGUGUAACAUGUGCAUCCUUUUGAUCACAAUGUAAAUAAGGCUGCACCAAAUCGUAUCCAUCUGAGUUAUAAAGUUUUUAAAAUUUAUUGAA